UUGUCUAGUCAGUCACCUCCCAGCCCUUCUCUCUCUCUCUCUCUCCAAUUAUUUUACCUUUGCAAGAUAUCACACUUAGAAAAACCAGACUCGUUUUCAGUUUGAGCUUCUUAAGGCUUAAGCAUCCCCCAAAAUGCUCCUGUCGCCUACUCAUCAAGCUGAUGUCUUUUUUGCUAAUCUUCUACUUGAAUAUUUCUUCAGUGUAGAGGUGGUGUAGUUUUUUGAGGUGGGCUUUUUUCUAUAUGGAUUUUGGGGUGGUUGGUUUGGAGGGGCUGGUGGGUUCAGACACUAGUAGUAGUGGUCUUGCUUCUCUUGCUACUUCAGAUCCUGAGACGAAGCAGAAGUGGUACGGAUCUGGGUUUCUCAAGCAAGAGAGAUCUGUUACUAUUGAAGAUGAUUGGAGGAGCUCUAAACUGUCAAAAACUGAGUCAAUGCUGCUUCCGCAGAGAAACACUUUACUCAAAUCUAAUACUUCCACUGCUUCUACUACUACUACUACUACUCUCUUCACCGAUGGCCAGCAACAGCAGCAGAUGCUGAGCUUCUCCUGUCCCAAAUCAGAAGCUCUUUCGGCGGAGAGGAUACCUCAGAAUGCCACAUUGCCCUACUUUCACCUCACUUCUUCUGCUUAUAAUAGAAAUACAGGGUUCAACUAUGGAAGCUUCAAUAGUGCAAACAUGCAUGGGGUUUUGACCGAGGCUAGAGGGCCAUUUACUCCAUCUCAGUGGAUGGAGCUUGAACACCAGGCCUUGAUCUACAAAUACAUAACUGCUAAUGUGCCUAUACCUUCCAAUCUGCUCAUCCCCAUAAGAAAAGCCCUCGAUUCUGCUGGGUUUUCUAGCUUUUCAGGUGGACUCCUCAGACCCAAUGCAUUGUCUUGGGGAACUUUCCAUCUGGGGUUCUCGAGCAACACUGAUCCAGAGCCAGGACGGUGUCGAAGAACGGAUGGGAAAAAAUGGCGGUGCUCAAGAGAUGCGGUUGCCGAUCAGAAGUAUUGUGAGCGGCAUAUGAACAGGGGCCGCCAUCGUUCAAGAAAGCCUGUGGAAGGCCAAUCUGGCCAUUCCGUCGCCGCUGCUACAUCUACCAUGACUGCAAAGUCGAUGCCUACAGCCUCGUCCUCCUCUAUGUCAGCAGCCGUGGCGGGUCUCCGUGGCAGCAGCGGCGGCUCGUCCAACAGCCUCACCAUUGCACAGCAGCAGCAGCAGCAGCUAAAACACUUGCAGCCAGAUAGUUCAUUUAAUCUUUCUGCAGCUACUCCCCUCAGCAGGAUGUUUCUUGAUAAAGAGAAGUUGGGUGAGAGAGAUAGACUGCAAGAUUCACCUGGCUUGUCCAUGCUAUCAUCCAACAUUGACCUGAAAUCCAAAGAAAAUCCUUUCUUUGUUUCAAAAGAAUCCUCGCAAAUUGAGUUUGGACUUGUCAACUCUGAUUCCCUCCUCAACCCUUCACAGAAUAGCUCUUCAUUGAUCAGUUGCAGAAACUUCGGUUUGUCUCAGGACCUCACCGACCAAGAAACUGUUUCACAGCAUUCUGUUCGCCAAUUCAUGGAUGAUUGGCCUAAAUGCCAAUCUGAUCAAUCUGCAGUUUCAUGGCCUCAACUUGAUGUGCAAUCAGAUAGAACCCAAUUGUCAAUUUCAAUCCCCAUGGCCCAUACAGAUUAUAUGUCCUCCACCUCCUCUCCAAACAAUGAAAAAGUGACUCUCUCCCCAUUAAGAUUAUGUCGCGAUUUGGAUCCAGUACAAAUGGGGCUUGGAGUUGGUAGUGUUCUCAAUGAACAAAACCAAAGGCAAGCAAAUUGGAUACCAAUCUCUUGGGAAACUUCUAUGGGUGGUCCUCUUGGUGAGGUUUUGCACAAUACAAAUAGUAGUGCUUCAGAAUGCAAGAGUUCAUCUGCGCUUAACCUCAUGACAGAGGGAUGGGACAGUAGUCCUCAGAUAGGUUCAUCUCCAACUGGGGUCUUGCAGAAGACUACAUUUGCUUCACUUUCAAAUAGCAGUGCGGGAAGCAGCCCAAGAGCAGAGAACAACAAAACCAAUGAAGGUGCAAGUCUUUGCAAUGACCUUCUUGGUUCAACUCUAGUGCAUUCUUCUUCGUUGCCCGAGUUGUAACUGCUUGACCUGCCAAUUAAGUUUUUGGUUGAUGGAAGAAUUAGAUGAAGACGACUUCUUUUUUAAGUCUGUGCUGACAUAUGAGGGAACAAUUUGUUUUCAGUUUUUCAUCAGUAUGUUGUUUUCUUUUGUUUUAUUUUUUCUCUUUGAAAAUUUAUUUGAUAAUUUGCUUUUGCUUAGUAAAUGUUAAGACUAAUUAAAAGGGGUACUAGCCAUGAAGAAGGCUCUUAAACCUUGCAGUGUGGAAUUAUGGCUAUGAUUUAUAGUUUUGAUUUUCUAA